CGAAACAACCAUCGGCGAUCGUCUGGAGCUGUUGAAAUAAUCGUUCUCUCGGCUGGACGCAAAUUCUUUCAAAGCGUCACCGCUAGCAGAUAUUGAUUUUUGAGGAGCAAUUAGUCCUUCGCGAGAGUGGUGAGAUACGACAUCUUCGAACCACGAUGCUCAGCAGAGCGCCGCGGCGCAUAGGCGCCUUCCCACCACGAUUACCUCUUCAAUACCGACAAUCCACGACUCGAUCAUUCCUGACCAACAGUCGACCUGGUGCUGGAAUCAAAGACGGCCGGCCGCAUGUCUCGCAGACACUGAACAGAUACCCGCAGUCUCAGAAUCGAUCUCUCAGCUUCGCGCAGCGCAUGAAGCUCGGCUUCCGGGAGGCUUCGAAAGGAAUAUGGCGCAAGAAUCCGAUCCUUCUCCCAUUCGCCCUGCUAUCAGUGGCUGGAGCGACUGCUUUCUUCGCAUAUGUCACCUACAUUCGGCUCACGCGCAUUGAACCAGUGUUCCACAAGUUCCCGCCGGAAGUGGCUGAUGCCCUACGGACCGCGAUCUACUAUACGGAGAUUGAUAUGGACCCUCAGAGGGCGCUGGAUUCAUACAAAUUGGCCCUCAGGACAGCAUUAGCGCAUGGGAUGCACCCGUACUCAGACGAGGUGCUGGGUAUUAGACUUCAGGUCGCUCUUAUGCUGGAAAAGGCCGGGCUGAUUAAACAAGCGACUCAAGUUCUGGAGCGGACAAAGGCGGAAAGUUUGAAAUGGGUUGACGAGGGACGGAAGAACAAAGCCAUUGCCGACAAGGAACUUGCAGGGAAGACGGAAACCAUUGAGAUCAAUGAUCCUGAAGUGCUUGAAGAACAGCAGAAACAGAGAGAUCUGGAGGAGUACGAGGAGCGACAACGGGACAAGACCCUCAAGAAGAUCGUGGGAAUGGGCAUGAAACUCGCCGAGCUAUAUGCCGGUGACUAUAUGCAGGAUGAAAAGAAGGCAGAAGCCGCUCAGAUAGCUGCGGUAGAACUCUGCCUUAAGGAAAUGAAACGCCGCCAGGAUCUUGGUCUUCCCGUUGGAGGCGUGAACGAGGAUAACGACGCCUGGCUGAACCUCUCGGAGAUCGCUACGGCCCUAACCGAACUUGGGACGACAUACAUCAACCAGGAGAAGUACGAGCUCUCCAUCCCGCUGUUCAUGCAAGCGCUGGGCAUGGUCAAGCAAGUCGAUGGUGACGCAACAACCUGUAAACAAGUCGUUCUUUUGAACAAUGUCGCGACUGCAAUGGCCGGACGAGCACAGCAGCCUAUUCGCCCAUCGAAAGAGAACCCCGUGACGCGUGAGCAGCUCAUCGAAUCGGCCAAGAAAUGGGCUCAGAUGGCAAUCGACGUCGCAGCCAAGGUCCAGCCGCCCGUGAGGGACGAGGAUUGUGAUGUCUCCUGCGUCGUGGCUACGUACAACCUGGGCGAGUUGGCGGAGUUGCAGGACAAGCGUGAUCUAGCAGAAAAAUACUACCAGGAUGCAAAAGCAUUGGCAAAGGGAAUAGGGUUCGACGAUGGAAUCGAUAUGGCGGACACAGCUCUGAAGAGGAUUGGAAAGAAAUGAGUUGCUCUGGAACAAUAUAUGUAUGUACAUGUACGAAUAGCUGUGCAGACUUUUCUAUUUUUCUUGUUCAGCUACCCUGGAAAUAGAAUCACGAUUGGUAGCUCAUAUAAUGAUCUCAUCUCUACAUGUAUUUACGAAGCAAAUGCAUGGCUCAAGAAAUUCCUCUUUUUUGUGCAGCACCCCUAACGUGCCCUAUAACCCAAUAUCGUAAAUAGACAAAGUAACGCCGAGGCGAUCGCCCAAGGGCCUAGGAGACGAUG